UUCUAAAUUCUAAUUUAUUUCUGUGUAGCAUUAGCUCGUAAAGUCGUUAGAGUAAAAAUAUUUAAUUCUAUGAGCACUAGGUACAACGCUGCUAUAAUGUUUCUGUCUUAGAUUCUGGUGUCUGUAAUGGUUAAAAACAAUAUUUUUGAAUAAAGUAUUAGUACAACCAAGAAGUUUAGUGCAAUAAUAUCAUGAACCGCAAGAACUUAAGUUUACGUGAAGAUAAUAUAACUCAAGGAAAUUGUCAAGUGGAAGUACUUAAAAAUGCAGCUGUAACAGAAGAUGAUUAUUUUGUUGCACCACCCGGAAAUAUACCAUUACAUGAAGUGGAAAUUAUAGAUAAUCAAAUAGAAAAAAAUGAAAAAAGAAAUUAAACAAAUUUUUAACUUAAAAAAGUUUUUCACACCCAAAGAGAAACUUAAAGAUAAAUAUAUUUACAAGAUAGAGACUCCAAGUAAAAUUAUGCUGACUAAUAUUUAUAUCAAUUGGCUUCAUUCAAUUAAUACUAAAUCAAAUUGUCCCAUUUAUUUAAACAAUGAUGUGAUCAAAGAUGUUCCUUAUGGUUAUGUGGAACAAUCAACAAAUGUUAUUCCAGUCCUUAUAGAAGCAGAUAAUACUUGUGAAACAUAUAAAGCCAUAACUCAAUUAGUCUUCAAUCUUACUGUGCCAAGACAAGAUAUAAUGCAGUAUUUUGUACAAUGGCAAAGGUAUCGAAAAUAUUGGUGGAGCUCAAUAACUACUACACCAAGUUUAUUUACGCUGGGUGAAAUUAUGCAUGAAGAAAAUACCUCUACAACUCAAAUUUUUGCUAAUCUCAGUUGUGGUUUUCAAGCUGUUGAAAAUAUAUACAUGGCUACAACACCUGAACAAAACAAAGCACAUCUUAAAUGUACUAUAAAUUUGGAGACAGCACUCUGCACUUUACUGCUAGAUGGAAUUUUGAAUCAGACCAAAGAAGGCUAUUUAAGGCUACACACUAAAGUGGCACCAUAUAAAAUAUCCUUUGCUGUGAACUGUCAGGAUGACAGAAAAAAGGAAAGCCUUAAGGAGCUAGCAAUGUUAUUGAAUAGUAAAUUACAAUCCAAAUAUAUUUCAAAUAUAUUACCAAUGUUUACUAUACCAUUUGAUGAUCAGAUCAAUGAAAACCUUCAUUUAGGAGUGUCAUAUACAGCAAUACUGAGUAGAGAAACAUUAGAUGAUGGAAUAUUUCAUUUGCUUAGCCACAGCACCAUGUUAAAGGAACAAGUUCAUGUAGUUGAUUUUGUUAAGUACGCUGUGUUACUGUGUGGAAGAUAACUGCAGAAUUACAUUGUAUCUACAUGUUUUGUAUUUCAUUGUAGUCAUAUAAUAAAGUUACAUCAUUGAUUUUUGUUUAAUAAAAUAAUUAAAAUAUGU